AUGUGUGCAGGCUCGGCGCUGCGGCAGGAGCACCGGCAGGACUACGGGCAGGAAUUCCGGCAGGAAUUCUGCCAGGAGUACCGCCGCUCGCUGGAGCGGGAGUUCGACCCCGCUGGGACCUGCCCCGGCCCCGCCGUGGCGGAGCGGCUGCGGCAGCGGCUGCAGCAGGAGCCGGCGCUGCUGGAGGCCCUGCAGGACGAUGCCCUGGCACUGCUGGCCCGGGGGCUGCAGGACCACCCCGACCCCGGGCUGGCGCUGCGGGGCCUGGCCAGUGCCUUCCGACUGCUGGAGCUGGCGGCCAUCAACCUCUACCUCUUCCCGUGGCGCCGGGAGUUCGGCACCAUCCAGACCUUCUCCGGCGCCUACGUGCACCUGCUGCGCCCCGCGCUCCCCGAAGCCGACCUGGUGCGGAGUUUGGGCCGCCUGGGCUACGAGCGGCAGGACCGGCACCGCCUGGCUGUGGCGCGGCUGCCCCCGGGGCCCGCGCUGAUCGCCGCCGCUGUCGGCUUCCUCGCCUGCCGCCUGGAGUGCGAGAUCCUGGCAGAGCUGGCGCUGCGGCUGCGGCGGCCCCGCGCCCAGGAGCUGCUGGCGGCGCGGCAUCGGGCCGGGGGCACCAAGGGGGGUCUGGAGAUGCUGCAGGACCUGGGGACGCAGCACAGGGCGGCUGCCGACUGCGGCGAGGGCGUGGAUCUCUACCGUGAGAUGCCAGACAGCCCUGAGGACACGGGGGGAAAGGACACAGCCCCCCCAGCGCUGUGGAGGGACCCUCAGGAUGUGCCCACGAGGGGCUGGGGACGCUGCGAUGGCACGCUUGGGCCAGAGCCUGUGGGCAGCGCUGAUCUGGACACCUCCUCUCACCUUUUCCCGGAGCAGGAGCUGCUGGGCACCAGCAGAAGUCUCCAGGAGACGCCAGAGCUGCCGUGCUACCAGCUGCACCUGUGCCUGCGCCGGGGCAUGCUGCCCUCGUACUGCUGCAGCACCUGCCGGCAGCUGCACGCUGGCGGCUGCGCCGUGGGACACGCCUGCCGCAGCCGGCACCGCGGGCAGGAGCUGCGCGGGGAGCGGCAGCAGCGGCUCUGGCUGCAGCGCACAGAGCUGGACAUGCUGCUGGCCGAGGGCUCUGCACCCCGCUCCUGA